UUCCGAGAAGUUUCUCGACCUGAUUGCUUUCCAAAAAAUCAAAGUCGCUCGCUUUUGAUGUUUCGGUUCUACAAGUUGUACUCGUUGUACAUGAACAACAUGUCCAGCGGGCUCACCUGGCCGCGGGAAUGGUGCCUGUGCGAGAAGCUGCCCCGGGCGGUGCUCCACAUUCCGGUGAAUCGUCAUCUGCUCUGCGAGGUGUGCGGAUUGGCCAGGAGGCCACAGGGCGAACGCGGUUCCUCCAGCGACGAGGAUGCAGAUCCAGGCCGCAAAUACCAGAGGAAUCUCCUGGAGCAACGUCACGUCACAGAGGAGCCAAAAAAGGCACAGAUGAGUCGGGUGAAGGUGGCCAUCCGGGCAAAGAAACCCAGAGAUCAUCGGAAUUGCCGAUGCGGCAAAUGUGGUGGCUUGGCCAGGGCAGAAGCUGGACAGGAAGGUGCCGAUGGACCCGGUGAAGAGGUGAAAAGCAAGUUUUAUUCGGGGCGGCAUGGCAUGUAUUCCAGGCCAAAGGGCAUGCUCCGUCGUCAGCAGGAGCCCACAGCCCCGCCUCCUUCCUCGCCGUCUCCACCUUCUUCACCACUGCCACCAGCUCCUCCUCCACCGCCAUCAUCGGGGUCAUCGCGGUCGGAGAUGCCCAGCCUGGUGGCCAGGGCCCAUGACGUCUUCAGCCGGAAAAACCACCUUAACCAGAGCUACAGCCAUUUAUUUGUCAACAACUUCAUCCCCUUGCAGAGUCCAAUUAUAGAUUCCUUCGGAGGAGCUAUUUCCAAGAGGAGCCUGAACAGCUCUCUGCCGCCACGCAGCCACAGGAGUCGCCCACUGCCCCCCCUCUCCAAAGUGGUGACCAACAUCCUGGCCAGCCCAAAGUCACUGGAUGACAGGGAGAAGGGCGGUGGUCUAGGUCCACACAAGUCCAAGGAUUCGCUGGAUACCCUCAGUCAGUUCUGCCCCUUUGAGCACUACGAAGGUCCUUCGGAGGACGCUCUCGUCGUAAGUAGUGCUCGCAGCCUCCUCCAUCAACCCAAAUCCCUGUACAUUGAACCACGAAAGGAUUUGCCCAACAAUCGCAUCGAGAACUUGGAUUUAUCUUCAGAUCCGUCAAAUGAAAAUCUAUCUGGAAUAUUUUACAUGACGAAUUCAGUUCGCAAAAAUUUAAUUAAGACCAUUAAUCAUAUCGGUUUCGAUUGCAGUAGUUCAAGUAAAACUAGUUCCUUAAGUAAUCCAAUUUCCAAUCCUCCAAAAGAAGAGUGUGAAAAACACAAAGAUCUAGCAUCUGAGAGAUCCUCUAUCAUCGCUUCUAUCAUGGAUGAACUUUUCAACUCAAAAGCGAAAGUAUCCGAGGAUGACCAAACUGGGAAGACUCCGGAAUUGGACGAACUUAAUCAGACAAUAAGCAACCAGUCCACCAAUAAUCCUGAAACGGCUUCUUUGUUAAGCAAUGUGUCAACUGAACAGACUGUAUUUUCUUCAAAUAAAACAAAGCCUCUUCAAGAUUAUUCCAAACUCUUCUCAAAAACACUAAGCAAUUCUAGCUGGGAACGGGAAUUCUGUAGAAUAGAUGAAUCUUCACCAAAUGCAAGUGGAAGAGAGGUAUAUUCAAGCAACGCUGAAUCCAAAUCAACAUGUUUAAAGUGUGGAAACAUUAGACAUCAGGAAGGAAAAGAUCCUAAAACAAAACCAGGAUUUAGUAGAAUUCCAAGAAGGCUUGAUACAAACUCAAUCGGUAUAAAUAGAAAUAUAGACAAUGCAAUAAAGCAUAAACUCAAUAGCGUAAGAGCUUUUUCUGGAAAACAAGAAUUGCUAAAUCAGAGCCAUGAAAAGGGAAAAACCUUAAAGAUAGAAGAUCAAGUGGAUAGUGAGUGGAUAGUGAGUAAAAGUACCCCAAAAAUCAUUGCUCGAGAAGAAAUCCCAAAAGGUAUCAAUACAAAAGGUCAAAGAAUUUGUCAGACAUCACAAUCUCCUUGUAAAAUACAUCAUUGUGCCAAACCUAAAAUGCAAAAUAAUACAGGUACACCCGUAAUAACUGUUCAACCACGAAAAAACUCUAGCCAGAAACCAGAGGAAUACUUAAAAAACAAUGUACGAAAUACACCCAAAGAUGCGAAUUUGAUCAGGACGAGAAUACCGGUAAAUAACUUCAGAGUAUGUAGACAUAAAGAACCUUCGUUUAGCUGGGGUGUGGUGGAAACCUUUGAGAUAAUUUCCCAUAUGUGCCGAGAGAUCCCCAAGCUCCAGGUGGCUACCUUUGUGAGAGAGUUAGUCAAUACCAGUAAAGGUAUUUUGGGCUAUAUCAAGGAAAGUUUGGUUACGGAUCAACCACCUUUGUCCCUCUAUGAAUUUCGCAUACCAGACAUUAAUCUAAGCGAUCUACAAGAUUACCGAGAUCAUGAUGAUAGUGUGCAAGAUGAUAGCGGAAGCGAAACACCAAUAGCCCAUUUAGCAACUCCAAAACUACCAGGUCUGUCUUUUCGGCAACGUAGAAAACACAGAAAACCCGUCUGGCCAGCCCAUCCAAUAAAAUUCCAAAGUCGCAAGAUCCAGUACGAGGAACUUAAAUUCUCAAUCAACACGCAACAAAAUGGAACCUCUUUGGAACCCAAUGAGAACUUUCUGCAUCAUAAAAAGAAGAUGAUUAAAGAGGAGAAAAUAUUUACCAGUGUUUAUGAAGCUCAGAACUUCUCACAGUCUGAUUUUUUCUUUGAUAGGAGUCCAGAAAAGGACACCAAGUCAAAACCAAUUCAACUAAUUAAAACUAAUUUAAGUGAUAGUAAAUCGUCUCAGUCUGAUAUUUUUGGAUCUCAAUCAGAACGCAUGAAAUGGGAUACUUCAGAUGGAGAUUUAGAAAGCUCAAGACCAGAAAAAACUUCGAAAGUAGAAUCUAAAUUAGAAGUUAAAGACAAAAAGGAUAAAAUUAGUCCAACAGAAGGAAAAGUAACAUCCCAAGAUGUUUUAAAUCAGUCACCACCAAACAGUUCCUCAAAAGUGAGCUUUGACAUAAGGAGGAAAAUAGACAAAUCGAUGCAACAGAAACUCAAAAAAAUGAUGAGUAAACCAAUAAAGCUGCUAAAUUCAAACGAAGCUGAAUCUGUUGUCAAAUUUCUGGAACCAUUUACCAAUAAAUUAGCUAGUUCUGAAGAAAAUAAAAGAUAUUCUAGUCCUGAGGCUUCAAAUAAUCAUAAUAAGGUUCCUGACACAGAAACUUUAAAAGAUGUUGGUACUGCCAAAUUAGAAGUAGAAUCCAAACCAAAAUACAAUUCAAGCAUCCCAAAGCAAGGAGAGGACGUUGUAAAUGAAGAAGAAAAGGGUAGAGCUUCUUCAAAUUCUGCUUGUGAAAAGAGUGAUCUAUCCCAAAAGCCUCUUCGUCUUAUAACGAACAUGUCCUCGUCAAGCGAGUAUGAGUCAAAAUGCCUUUCUCUGGAAAAUAGGGUGGAAAUAGAAACUGACUCUGAUGCAGCUUCGGAACCCGUUAUGACCCAUAAGACCACUGAAUAUGAAGGACUGCCUGAUCUGAACUGGCAAGUUAUUACCAUGGGCUUACCUAAGCAAAACGAACCUGUUGAGGAUGCAUCAGAAUCAAUUGGGGAAGAAGAAUAUCCUUGUCCUAUUCACAAGUGUGGCCAUUCCUUAAAUAUGAAGAUAUUUGCUUCCCAUUUUGAGCAAUUUCACCGACACAAGUCCGCAAAAAAUGCUUCACCACAAGAAUAUUGUCAUCGGGUAGUAGAGGGACUACCAAAGCAGUUCUUUUUUGAUGCCGAAUUUCUCACCAAAGGAAAUUCUUUUGUGGCCCUUCUUUUUUACAGCAGUUUGAAAAAAGAGUCUUCCCACAGAUCAUAUCCAAUUCGAGACUAUCCACUGGCCUUAUUAGCAGCACCUCAAAGGGUAAAUAAUGGGCCAACAACUGGCAUUUUCUUCUGGCUGGUGGGUUAUCCCUCAUGUGCGAAGCUUCAAGUCAAGCUCACAGUAUGCGAUCCAUUGGAACACGUUGGUCGAAGUAGGAUUAUAAGGCCAAGAGAUAUGUCGCAGAGCCAGGACCCAGCAGAGUUCCUUACCAAUUCUAAAUAUAACCUGCUUAUUAAAAUUCCGCAUAAGAAGCAAAGAAAAUUUCAAAUAAGUGUGGUAAUAGAUGAAAAACACUAGUAAUUGUACAUGAUAGGUAUUAAAACCUAACAAAUUUGUUGUAUGCUUGAAAUGUUCAUCAUUUUAUGGGUUCAGUCUUGCCAAAAUCCUUUAAAAAGUUCAAA